UCCCUUAAAUCUUUCCUUUCAUAAUUAAUAAUAAAUAAUAUUAUUUUUAAAAAGAUGGGCCAAGGUUUAACUAAAAGGAUUAAAAGAAAAAGAAGUUUAAUAAGUCAACAACGUUCGAUUGAAUCAGAUACAGAUAGUAAUAGUAAUAUAAGUACAAAAAUUGUUUUACAAGAAAAUGAAAGAACUUCAAUUUAUUUUACUUAUCUAAGAGGAUUAUUUAAUUCGGAUUUUUCUGCUCCUAUUGAAGAUGUUCUAAUAUUGAACGGAAAGAUCAUGGAAACUGCAUGUGGUUCUGGAUCAUGGUUAAUUGAUAUGGCUUUAAGAUAUCCAAAUUCAGAAUUUAUUGGACUUGAUUUAAAUCCAUCGCCACUCCCUACAAAUUUACCAAAAAAUACAAGCUUUAUCAAAGGAAAUUUACAAUCUAUACCAUAUGAAGAUGAAGAAUUUGACUUUUUAAAAACGGGAGAAUUACAAGUAGAUUUUACUGAAGUAGAAUAUAAACAUGCGAUCGAUGAAAUGAUCAGAGUAACGAAACGCGGAGGUUGGGUAGAAAUUAAUGAACCAGAUAUAUAUCCGUUGAGGCAUGCUCCAAAUUAUGCCAAAAUAGUAGAGUCUUUUUAUGGACUUUUGGCAUUACGAGGGAUCAGCGUAAUGACAGAUAAACUUCAAUAUAUGUUAUAUUCAACGAAUAGUUUACAAGACAUUCAAUUUGAUUGUAAAAUAAUAAACGUCGGACCUCAAGGCGGUGAAUUAGGGAAUCAAUGUGCUGAAGUUUAUACAAUAUAUUUUAAAGAUCUGUAUGGACAAGAAUUAGCCGAUCAUUUAGGUUUAACUUAUGAUGAAUACCUUCAAACACCCAUUUUUUUUUAUUAAGUAUUACUAUUUGUUUAUAUACACUCAUGUCCUUUUUUUUUUAUGAUGCUUUUAUGUUUACACCUAAUCUUCGGUUAGGAUAAACUCAGUUCCACUUUUUCUUUUUUGAGUUCGGGGGAAAAAAAA